UGCUGGUGGUUGUUAGACUUUGACUGUCUAGUUGUUCAUUGGUUUUUCAGAAGAAAGACGAGUGGGAUAUUUUUGAUUGUUGAGAUUGAUAUUGCCAUUCUCUGCUUUACGUCCGUAUUGAGGACGAGAGUCAUGGGUCUUUUCUGAUCUGGACUUUGAUUCUGGUACAACGACCAACCACUGAGGUUCAGGUCGUUAUCUAUUCUAUCGACAUCCAGGGUAAUUGGGGUUGAUUCACUCGGUUAUCUUGAGAGUACGAAGGUGGAAUACUCAAUUGUGCGCCUGAGCAGAAUUAAGAUUACCUGAGCUCGACAAUGGCGCCCGCAAAAGGACGAGUGCCGAGCCAGCGAAGUCCCCAUGUCCUGGUGACCGACUCGCGCGACCAGCAACAAGCCGCUCAACCCCGCCGCCGCCGUUCCCCAUCCACCCGCCUCAUCACCGUCGACAAUGUCCUCCAAUACUCCUCCGACGUGCCCUCCAUGCAGCAGCGCCAUCCCCCCGACACCCCGCGGAGUCGCCCCCGCUCGCGCCUCGGCGGCGGCCUGAUAGGAGCGACCGGUGCCGUCCCCGGCGCAGGUGCUGCUGGCGGCGGUAGUGCAGUGGGCACGGCAGCGACAAUGGGCCGUCUGGCGGCGCAACCGCGUCUACCUCCGCGGACGACGAAAGUCAGCGAGAAGCUGGUGCUUCUGCCGGAGGCGGAGGGGGUGGAGCGGAAGAUGCCGAGCGAUGAGGACGACGAGGAGGAGGAUGAGGAGGCCGUGGACGAAGAGCUGGUUUUGAGAGUUGCUCGGGAGAAGAAUGUGGAUCCUGAGGCUGUUAGGCAGCAAUUGCUGGUGCAGAGGAAGCUCGCGGGCGACUUUGGCGUCGAUAAUGAGAUCGCUCCGCUGUUGGCUGAGGAGGAGCUGUUGCGGCGGAGGAAGGUCGCGCCUGAGAAGGCGAAGAGUUAUGCGGAGCGGUUGCCGAAGGCAAGGCGCGCGGAGAAACUCGCUCGUGUGACGGCUUAUUGCACGGCGCAGGCUUAUAAGAUGAGUUCGCUGUCGGCGUUUGUGAAGGAUCGACAUGGGGGCCGGACGAAGCUGUAUGAUGAUUGUUUGUAUACGGCGUACCAUUUGCCUCUGUUGCCUGGGGAUGACGGCUACCGGUUGAGGAGCAGUCCGAUUGUGAAGAAACCUGGGGGUAAGUCUUUACUUGAUGAGGAAAUCGAGCGGAAUGAGCUGCGCGAUUACCACGACUAUGACAUGGAGUCGGAGGAGCACUCGGUUGUGGGGGGUCGUGGGGAGCAUGGGGAGCACGGAGAGCACGGAGAGCACGGCUCGCCACACCAGCAAGGAUCCGGCGAACUACACCAUCAUUACGGGGAAGAUCACAACGGUGACGCAGAGAGGAGAGCAACCCCCGAGAAUGACCAGAGUCGUGGCCAGCAGUUACAGUCAGCCGCGGCACGACUGCCCUACAACGUGGCCGAGAUGUUCGUGUUCAGCUACGGCGUUGUCGUCUUCUGGAACUUCACCGAGAAGCAAGAGAAGGAUCUGCUGGCCGAUCUGGCAUUCGCGACGUCGUCCGCCACAGGUUCUCCCAUGCCGCUGGCCACGAUGCCCCUACAAGAGGAGGACUUCGAGACCGAAGAAUUCCACUUCGAAUACUCGACCGAGAUCUCGCGGCCCCGCGUCUACAACGACAUGAUCACCCUGCGCAGCGGCGACCACAUGAUCAAGCUGGCCAUCAGCCACGGCAUCUCGCAGAGCACGAAACUCUGCUUCUUCGAAGAAGUCAUGGCGCGCCAGAUGAGCGAAGCCAAGGACGUUCCGCGCCGACUCGCCAUGACAGGCAAACUGGGCAUGAAGCGGGAGGAAGUCUUUCGCAUUUUAGGACGGCUGUUCAAGAGCAGAGUCGAGGUCAACCUUUCAUCCAACAUGCUCGACGUCCCCAACUUCUUCUGGGAAAGCGAACCAACCCUCUACCCCCUGUACAUCGCAGUCCGCGAAUACCUCGAAAUCAAGCCCCGAAUCCAAGUCCUCAACGAACGAUGCCGCGUCUUCCUCGAUCUAGCCGAGAUACUCUCCGACUCAAUAGCAGACAACCGGACCUCUCACCAAACAUGGAUCAUCAUCGUCCUCAUCCUCAUCUCCAUCGUAGUCACCAUCUCAGAAGUCUUCCUCCGCUUCGGCCUCCUCUCCUCAGGAAAAGGCGCCGCUGCGCCUGCCUCCGUCGCAGGGACGCUGGUCGCCCGCGCGCUAGGCCGCUCCCAGCCGCAGCUUUCGCCGGUUGUGUGUGAUUGUCAGUGUCCGGCUGGGUUGAAUACUAGCGGUGUACCUUAUUAACCUCCCCUUCCGUCUGAAACCCGUUCACAAUUCUUUAUCUCUACUAUAACCGUCAUCGUUGUCAUCAUCAUCAUCAUCAACCAGUACAUCAGACUAUCUAUUCAUUUCUUAUUCACCUCACAAGGGAAAAACAGGAGGAACCAUUCAAAAGAACUCACAGUAUGGUGCAUGGCGUCCGGGAUGGGUCUGCUUUCUUAUUUGCUUUUCCUUCCAUCUGUUUUCAUUCCCGGAUCUUGUUUUUUUAAACGUUAACAUAGUCAAGGUAUCAUUCAUU